GCACGAAACUUGUCAGAAGUAGAUCAGGCCUUCUUUUUGUAUGAUCAUUUAGAAGGAGAGGCCAGGGAUGAGAUUAAAUAUCGCUCUAGUCAGGAACGAGGGGAUCCGGCUAAAAUCAUUUCUAUCCUCAAGGAGCUUUAUGGAUGUAAUGAAUCAUAUGUUGCAUUACAGGAGGCCUUUUUCUCCAGGAAGCAAUUAGAGGGGGAAACUUUGCAAGAGUUCUCCCUUGCUUUGAUGAGCCUUAUGGAGAAAGUAGAAGCACAGGCCCCUAGGGACAUGCUUAACGCUGAAGUUCUUUUGCGCGAUCAGUUUAUAGAGUAUGUCCUUGAUGGUGCGCUCCGUCGGGCGCUAAAACAGUUUGUUCGUCUGAAACCGGCAGCAACACUGCUUGACGUCAGAGGUGAGGCAAUGAGAUGGGAACUAGAGGGUCUGCCAGCUAGUAUGAGGGGCCGGAGUAAUUCUCUGCCUCCAGCGCCCAGUUUUCAGUUUGCUGUGCGCGGUGGGUCACCAGCUAUUGCUAGCCCCACUCAAACAGAGAUUAAGGAGUUAAAAGAGCUCUUAAAACAGCAACAAGAGCAGCUUAAUCGGCUUACUCAAAGCAUUACCCUCCUCCAAACUGCACAAGAGCGCAAYCGCUCUCCACGUCGAGGUCCUAUUAUAUGUCGACGGUGCCAACAGCCCGGRCAUAUUGCUAGGGAGUGUGGGGGGCCACAUGUUUCCUUCCGUCAGCCAUCUUUGUCAGGAGAGCCAGCUUUCGGAAAACUAGCACCCCCCGAGUUGCGGAGSCCCAGCUCAGGUGGGGCAUCCAUAGGCUCAAUUAAUGGUUUUUAUUCAGCAGAUGUACCAAAGUUGAUUGCUUCUUGUCCACAUAUUGARGUGAACAUGGCUGGAGUAAAGGUGCCUUGCCUAGUUGACACCGGUUCAAUGGUGUCCACUAUUACAGAAAGCUUCUUUAUUGAAUUCUUUGAGCCUUGGGGCGAAGAGCAUUUSAGAGCUUGCCACUGGCUACAGCUAAAAGCAGCCAAUGGUCUCCCUAUUCCUUACAUCGGCUAUUUGGAGGUAUCUAUUGAACUGUGUGGCAAGUUGAUGCCCCACUGUGGGGUGUUGGUAGUAAGAAACCCCCCAGAUAGURGUUCAGCUUCAGUUCCUGGUGUGUUGGGGAUGAACGUCAUAAAUAAGUGUUACCAAGAACUAUUUGGACAGCAUGGCAAUGCUCUGUUUAAUACUACCCCUGUUGUGUCAUUUCCAAAACCCUUGGUUAAUGCCUUACAGAAAUGUCAUGUAGCUGAAACACAGCACACCCCYAAGCAGCCUAGUAAGGUUAGGGUGCGAGGCAGGAGGGCCUGCCGCAUUCCAGGAGGUGUAAUGAAGAUUGUGCCUACCACCUGCUGUGACCAAUACUCAGGUACUACUGUCUUGUUUGAACCAUCAGAGGCUGGCUUACCAGCUGGUUUGUUAGCAUCUCCUGCUUUAGUUCAGGUUGUUCGGGGGACUGCUUAUGUUCCAUUGGUAAAUGUGGGCAACACAGAUGUGUUACUGUACCCUCGUACCGCUGUGGGAACUUUAAACAGCGUUGACGUGGUGAGUCUUCCAGCGGGCGUAACUGAAGUUCCAUUCUCUGUAAAUGUGUCCUCCCAAAUAGCUGUUGCUCCUGCCUCAGACGGGAUCAAGACAAUUGAUUUAUCAUCUUUGUCGGCGGAGGAACAGGGUCCGGUGCGAGCACUGUUGGGUAAAUACACUUCUGUGUUUGCCACUAAUGAUCAGGACUUGGGUUGCACCAACCUGAUCAGCCAUGACAUUCCCCUGCUCGAUGAUGCUCCCGUUCGGCAGCGAUACCGUCGAAUUCCUCCAUCAGAGUAUGAACUUGUGAAGGAGCACAUAAAUCAGCUUUUGGCAACAAAUGUCAUUAGGGAAAGCUCCAGCCCCUAUGCGUCACCAAUUGUGAUUGUUCGCAAAAAGGAUGGUAGCAUUAGGCUUUGUGUUGAUUAUCGUCAGCUUAACAUCAAGACACGGAAGGAUGCUUUUCCACUCCCUCGCAUCGAAGAGUCCCUUGAUGCUUUGACAGGGGCCCAGUGGUUUUCCACUAUGGACUUGGCCAGUGGGUAUAAUCAGGUUCCUGUCACAGCAAGCGAUCGCCAUAAAACCGCCUUUUGCACACCGUUUGGGCUUUUUGAGUGGAAUCGCAUGCCU